UUCCUUGUCUAAGAUAUAUACGGAUGUGACAGAAGCUCGAAACAAAGGACUGUGAAUGAAAAGCCCUAUUCCAUCCAGUGACCCACAUCAGUCAAAUUUUAUGAAAAUUGUGUCAAUCCUGGUGUUCUGUGGCAACAUUUGUAACCUAUAAAUUUUAGUAUUGACUUUUUGAUUCUUUCGGUGGCAGUGAAAGGUGACGGAUGUGAUUCGCAUCAGGAGGCAAAUUUGAAACCUGUGAUAUUAUGAACGUCUAAAGAAAUGAUUUUAAUAUUUAAGAAUAAAGAAACAGGAAAUAAAAUACUAAAAUCCGUUAGCCGAAACAUAACCUAUCAUAUUAAGUAAUUGUCAAAAAAAAGCGUAGAAUCUUCUUGUUUGUCUUUAGAGUGCUGCAGUAUUGCUAAGAGCAAGACAACUGCAACACGAAAGAAAUGUGCUGGCAGAUGCACUUGUAUGCAAGCCAAAAAAAAGAAGUGGAAGUGGAAGUAUUGACUUUGACGUUUUAAUUUAUUUUGGAAACUUGUGACAAUUAAAUUAUGUCUGCAACUAAAAGGAAAUGCUAAAUAAGUUGCAACUAUUGAAUUUACGUUGUGUUAUCCUAUGUUCUACCACAUAAUUCAUAACAUAUUCAAACACAAUUUCCAAGUGAGCACAGCUGGUUUAAUAUACAUUGAGAAAUUACAGUUAACCAAUAAAUAUGUCUCUCACAAUUCAACAAAUCAUUACUGAUGCAAAACGACUUGCCAAUCGUUUAAAGGAUCGAGAUGAAGUAGCUGAUACACUGUUAAAUGAAACCCACGCAAUUAAUAAAAAAAUUGAUGCAAUGAAACAGUUUCAAGAAGAAGUAGAGCAGUUAAAUGAAGUAGCCAACCAACGUCCGCAUUCACAAUUAAUAGCAAAUAUUCAAAAAGAAAAUAGGCAUUUAAAGGAGAUUCAACAAGAAAAUAGAGAACUUAGGGCUGCUUUGGAAGACUACCAUACCACGCUGCAGCAUGUGAUGUCUAAAUAUAGGGAACAUACCAAUGAAGAAAUCUACAAGUCCAAAAUAAAUUUUAAGGCAAUGCAGGAGCAAAAAUAUAGUGAGAUUAUUAAAAAUCAGGCAGAAAAAAUUCAAGAAAUGGCUGCUGUGAUGGAUAAAGCUGCCUUGAUAGAUGAGGAUAGGGAUUCUAGGGUACAAGAAGUAGUUUCUAUGUUACAAGUAGAAAAUCAGGGCCUAAGAGAAAUGUUGGACAUUGCUCACAAAUGCGGAAACUUGAAAAAAGAAGAUAAAUUUGUACAAACUGAAGUGCAGACAUAAAUUUUUUGAAAAAUAUUCUUUGUGUAUUUGUAAAAUAGUUUUAAAAUAAUGUUUGUUAUGUUUUUCAAUUUUUUACAAUGUAUGUUUAAUUUAUUUUUUGUACUAUAUAUUAUCACACAUUAUUGGAUUACCUAAUUAUCGAGUUCACACAAAAUAUAAACAUGAGUCAUGACCUCUUUUCCUCAUCUACUGACACCACAUUUUCGUUUUAAGUUAACUUAACCACUUAAUGAAUUAUGCCGUGUCUGAUACGGAGCGGCUUGCCGAAAAAAUUCGGGACUUUCCCGUGUCUAACACGUUCGACCGUAGUACAGCGCUAUUAAAACGUUUUAUGGCCGUUUUGGAUCAAUAACGAAUUUGCUUAGUAAAAAAUUCUUCUAAUAAUUUAAUUUGAUCUGACUCAUUUAUAUCGGCAACUCAGACAUAUUAUACAUCUUAAAGUAGAAUACUUUAAAAUGAUAUUGCCAAUAUUUAUGAGUUGCGUUCCUGGGACGACUUUACUGAAAGAUAGUUCAUUCUAUUACAAAAAAUCAAAUUAUUUUUUAGUUAAAUUGUGGCUUAUUUCACAUUUAGAAUAGUUGAUUACUGCAGAAAUUGUAAAGUAGGACUAUGUGCUGCACCUUGUUUUAUGAUUAAUGAUACGAGAUCAUUUUAUGAUACGAGAUUAAAUUUUUAAAAUAAAACUUUUUUUAAAUUUUUGAUAUUUCUGCUUUUACUAUAAUUUUACGUCUCUAAUAUAUUUUUACUUUUAAUUAUGCAUAAACAUUAAAUUUUCUAAAGUAAAAAUACUUAAAAUAUAUAUUUAAUUUAUGCGCCCCUCAAAAUCAUUUUUUUUUAUUUUUACAUGCAUACUCGAAUUAUGAAAUAAAAAAAUGAAUCAUUUUUUUGCAGUAACCUCGAAAAUAAUUUGUGCAUUAAGUGGUUAAUUAGCCAAUUAUUGUUAGUAAAUUUGGACACUGAGUUUUAAAAGCUAUUUAUGAUUAUUGUUCUACAUCAAUAUUCCACCAUAAAAUGCGUACCAUUUUGUCUACAAGAACGGUUUAAAUGCCACUUCCCAAAUGUUAAGUUAUGUUUCUGUGAAAUAUUUAAUAUUUUGUGUGAACCAUGUGAGUGUUUAUUUCUGAAUGAAAAGGAAUAUUAAAAAGAUUUAGUGAAGAAUUUAAUAAGGCUGAUAUAUUUUUAACCGAAAGGACUUAUAAUAAAAGUAACAAGUUUUGAUCUGUAAAGAUUAUAUAAAAUUAUUGUUUUAAACUUAUGAAAUCUUUAUCCAGUUUUUGUUGCUCAAUAUAUUUGUAAUUUUUGUUCUAACAAUCAUUAACAUUGUGUGCCAUGUAUUUCGUAUAUGUAAGACAGUGAUAUUUCUGCAAUGGCCAGGGUUCAUUAUUUGUGUAGAACUGGCACAUCUAUUUUAGACUAUUCCUUUCAAAUAAUACACAUAUAGUGUAUUUUGAAUGGGGAAUUUUUACCAUGGUCCCUGCUGGACAGAGUGUAAAUGUUAGUUCAAUAAAAAAUACAAACGUCACACAAUUAUAUAGUUAUUCCAUUUUAUCUUUGCCCAAACGUCAUGAUUCAUUUUCAAACAAGUUAAAUCAAAACAUUAAUUGAAACGUACGUCGAUGUGAAAUAGCAUUGAUACGUACUGUCAAUGUAAUACUAAUUAGGAAAUGGCUAUUAUCGGUGGACGUAAUUUAUAAAGUUAUAUUGUUAACAAUUAUUGCUAAAUUAUUAUUAUUAUUAUUUAUACUUUACUAUGUUAUAAUAUAUUUAACCCAAUAUAACUUUAUAAAAUAAACACAAUAUAAGUUACAAAUUCCAAUAAACAUAACAAAUGCGCUAAUUUCACUGUCAUUGAAAAUGAUAAACAUUCAAAUUCGUGGUGAACAAGGUAUCAACAUACCAUAUUGUUUCUCCUUGUUUAACUUAUUGUGGUUUCUAUGGACAAGCGACUUAAUUUUGCGAUAGUAGAUUCUGCGAGUCAAAAAGGACGUAUAAAAGUGAUUUGUGAAUAAUUUCAUGCAUGGGAAAAGAUAAAGUGGAAGAACUAUACAGGGUGAUUGAUUAGUGGGGUAAAGCUCAAUAGAUCCGCUAUAGUAAAAGAUAUCAAUAAAAGUUAAUAACAAAAAUUGUAGCCAACUUUGAGCUUCAAAUUACAAAAUUAUUUAGAAUGUUACAGGUUGUUCGAUAACACAGUGGCAGACCAAACUUAUGUUUUUUAAAUGGAACACCCUAUAUUUUAUUUUAUUUUCGAAAUCCUGUUAACUUUUCCAUCACAAAAAUAUAAAGAUUUGUUAUGUUAUACAGGGUAUUUGCAAAGUUAUAUCCAAUUUUGUAUGAAAAUCGUAACAAGUUCAACUUCCUGUAUAAAUAAAAAUAAGCACAACAGCAAUGGUUUAUUAAUGCCAUAUUUUUUAUUUAUUGUCAAAAUUUUCAAGAAUUAUUGACAUUGCUAAUUUUCUUUAUAUCAAAUACAGGGUGAGUCAAAACGCAAGUACAUUAUUUUCUCGGUAAUGUUAAAUGGAACACCCUGUAUUUUAUAUUAUUUUUAUUGAAAAGUAACAUUACCGUACUUUAAUUUUUAUAUAACAUUCCUUAUGUCCAAAUUUAUUAGUUUUAGAGAUAUUUUCAUUUUUCAGAGCAAAUUAUUUUAGGUGUCUAAAGGACAUCGCACACAUCUUAUGGAAAAUAUAAUGUCACUCAAAUUCAAUAAAAUUUAUACGAUUAGAUUCGUUUUAAUAUAACGAUCAAUUCUUAUCAUUGCGCCAACUCUUAAUUAUGAUUAAUUACGGCGCAACUUGCAAUUAAAGUUUAUCGAAAUCACAUUUUUGGAGUCCAUAAAAUGUUAGUUUACAAUCAUUAUUGCUCUGAGUGCUAUUCAUAACAGCUUAAAUCCCGCUGGGCCUAAGCGGAUUAGUGAAACUAAUCCGCUGAUUUAUGGAGUACCGAAAAUCUGGGUAUUUUAAAAUAUUUUUUCUCUCUCUAACUUAUGUACCUACCCAUUUGAUUUCAGAUUUAUUUAUAUCAAUUUCUGCUCUUAUUUUUGAAAAUAGAGAGUUGGCGCAAUGAUAAGAUUUGAUCGUUAAUUUAAAACGAAUCUAUUGGUAUAAAUUUUAUUGAAUUUGAGUGACAUUAUAUUUUCCAUAAGAUGUGUGCGAUGACCUUUAUCUAAGUUUUAAGUAACCAUGACUGAAUUGACAAUAAUUGACGAUUACUGAUUAUCAAUCCGGUAAUCAAUGUAACAGUGUAUCAAAUAAAGAAAUAAAAAUAAUUUCUUAGUAAUACAUUUUACUAAAAAAAAAAAGAAUGUGUGUGUGUACUUUGUACGCACGUAAGAAGUUAUACUUCUAUUAUAUGAUUUAAACGAAAUUAAUAUACUUUUUAUUUAUAUUUUGUUUAAAUAUUAAACUAAUUUAUUCUUACUACUUCUCCAACAUUUUUAUUAGAACAGUGCCAAAAAUUAAAAUAAUAAAAGAAUAAAACACACACAGACACAUUAAACAAGCCACAAAUGAUGUCUGAACAUUAAUUGUCGAAAAUUUUUUUAACUAAAUAUGUAUUUUCUGAAAAUACAAUUAUAUAAUAAAUAUACUUACAAUCAUAAAAUGUAUUAAAAAAAAACAAAAGAGAAAGUUUCUAUUGGGACUCGAACCAGCGCUGAUAAGAGCGGUUGGUAUUGGAAUUCAUUCGCCUUCUCCGCUUAGCCACGGACACUAUGUGUCAUUAUUUACGAAGAUCGACUAACUAAACGGAUUAAACUUGUGAUAUUUUGAUAUUUUGAAAAUUGAUCAAAUUAUUUUAAUUUUGAAUUGAAAUGAUUUAGAAUUGAAAAAAUACAACAAAACAUAGAGUAAAAAACAAUAUAUUAGGUGAAUAUUGAUAGAAAUUUUGAUGGUAAUCAAAUUAUAUAAAUAAAAGUAUUACAUACUAUGUAUUUUGGCAGAUCAAAUAGGUAGGUUUAUACCCAUGAUACAUUAACAAUUAUUACGUACCUGUUGCUUUUAAAAACUAUUUAAAAGUCACUACAAUAUUAUAAACUUUUUUGUUUCUGUCCUCACAACAAUAAAACUAAUAUAUUAUACAUUUGUUUACCUUUACCUCCAAACCACAGCUGCCAUAUCGGAUAAUUUUUGACAUGUCAUUUGAACAUCCAAUCAGAACAAAGUUAUAAUGCGCAUGCGCCGGGCUGAUAGGUUUUAAUAUAUAAAAAAAUCACCCUCUAUCGCCGGUAAAGAAGUAUAACUUCAAAAACACAACAACAACAUGCAACAUUUGUGAAACAAUUAAAAACUACUUUUUAUGUAAAUGUAACAAAUAAAGAAAGAAAAUUAGUAUUAAAUUUUACAAAAAAAAACACUAACAUAAAAUACAACAUUUUGUGAAGAUAAUUAAACACUACUUUUGUAUGUAACUGUAUCAAUGUAACAAAUAAAGAACGAAAAAUAAUUUAUCAUUAAUACAUUUUGCAAAAAAAACAUGUUUGAAAAAUUUGAAGCUACUUUUAAAAAAAUAUUUUUAAUAUUUAAUUACAUAAGGUGUUCAAAAUUCCCUCCUAACACAUUUAUGCACGCCUAAAAACGAUCAUUGAAUGAGUACUUACUCUACGAAGCAUAUUUAAAUGAACACAUCGAAAUACACUUUGUAUUCUAUUUUUCAUCUCAUCCCUUGUUGGAGGUAUUUUAUAAACUUCAUUAUUAACGUAACCCCAAAAAAAUCAGUCCAGUUUAUUCAAUUCUGGUGAUUUGGGUGGCCACGCUGCUGGUCCAUUGAAAAAUGAAAAUAUCUCGAAAACUAAUAAAUUUAGACAUAGGUAAUGUUAUCUAAAAAUUAAAGUACGGUAAUGGUACUUUUCAAUAGUGAUAUAAAAUACAGGGUGUUCCAUUUAAAAUUACUAAGAAAGUAAUGUACUUGCGUUUUGACUCACUCUGUAUUUGAUAUAAAGAAAAUUAGCAAUAUUAAUCAUUCUUGAAAAUUUUGACAAUACGUAAAAAAUAUGGCAUUAAUAAACCAUUGCUGUUUUGCUUAUUUUUAUUUAUACAGGGAGUUGAACUUGUUACGAUUUUCAUAUAAAAUUGGUUAAAACUUUGUAAAUACCCUGUACAACAAACUUUUAUAUUUUUGUGAUGGAGAAGUUAACAGGAUUUCGAAUUUAAAAUAAAAUAUAGGGUGUUCCAUUUAAAAAAACAUAAGUUUGGUCUGCCACUGUGUUAUCGAACACCCUGUAACAUUCUAACUAAUUCUGUAAUGUGAAGCUCAAAGGUGGCUAAAAUUUUUGUUAUUAACUUUUAAUGCUAUCUAUUACUAUAGCGGAUAUAUUGAGCUUUACCAUACUAAUCAAUCACCCUGUAUAUGGUAUAAACCCUUAAUUUUUGACACUAGUUUAUUCAAUUAUGAGGUAUUCUUGUACUAAAAGUUACUUCUAAUUUAAGUCGGUAAAAUACACCGAUUUUUUGAUAAUUUUUUUUUCAAAUUCAAAAAACAAUUCAAAUCGAUUUUUCUAUAAACCAGUGUAUCCUACCGACUUAAAGCAAGAGUACCUUUUAGUAGUAGAAUACCUAACAAUUUAAUAAUCCUGUCUCAAAAAUUCUUAAAAAACACAAAAAAGGUUAUAUGUGAUAAAAUAACCGUUGCCCUAUCCAAAAUGGACGCCUAUGACCGGUACUAGAAAUUCGCAAUUGAUGAAAUCGAUUUAUUCCUGGAAGAUAAAUAUGCGUACCACUUUUCGUUUUUCUAAUUAGAAGUGUUCUGGAGGUAUUUAAUAAAACCUAAUUACAAGGCGCGAUCUUCAAAGAGCCCUAAUCCUAUAGGUUCCUUAAGAAGCAUUUUCGGACUAAGUGAAUUGGGUUAAAUUGUGUUAAAAUUAUCUGAGGAAUCUCCAGUCUUCGAUUGUCAGGAGAGUCCUGUCUAAAAGAUUGAAAAAAAGGCACACAAUGUAUUACAUAUACAUUUAUUGUUUAUGAUACUGCAAUUAAUUAGUGUUACAUUACAUUAUUGUAGGUACCUAUGUAUUUAAUAAUAUACAUAGAUAACUAUUUGCCAUUUCUAUAUCUUUACAUGUUUUUGUUAGAUUAGUCACAUAAUCUUUUUACAAAAUUUUUGUUUUUCAUGUCCAUUAAUUAUGACUAUAUGUAUAAAUUUUGUACUGAUAAAUUUCGUUUAUUAUUUAGAGUCAUGUUCAUAUUUUCUCUUCUUUUUGGAAAAAAAUACUCACAAGAAUAAGAUUAGAGAACAACUAACGAGACUUACGUUGCAUAACAAUUGUAAACUUCAAUAGUGCGCAUGUAUAUUUAAUGUACAAUUAAUCCAGCAUCUUAGAUAGGUACUCAUAUUCAUAAACUUUUACACCAUUGUGUUGUUUAUUGCCUAAGUAAUAGGACGUUCAGUUUUCAUUCUGAAUUUUUUUCAAGUAUUUUCCAAUUAAUCUAAAAUGUGUUUUAGUGUCCUUCUUCUACGACACUACAGUCCAAAUUGAGCCUUAGCCUCCUUUAUUUUUUGCCUCCAGCCUUGCUUGUCUGUGGCUGCUCUUCUCCAUACACGGACUCCUAAAAGUGUUUGUGCGUCGCUGCUUACUGUGUCUUCCCAACGCUUUCUUGGCUUUCCAACUGGUCUCUUUCCCUGCAUUCUAGCGUUCAAUGCUCUUUUUCGUAGUGUAGCGAUCACGCUACUGAUCCUUUAAAUUAAUUACAUUUACUGCCCAUUUACGAAUUUCAUUUUGGAGACGCCUAUGGGAAUCGUCUAGUUGCCUACAUUCGCAACGGAGCGAGGAGAAAGCUUUAAUAACUUAUGUUGGUCAGUUACACAUCUCUUCUCUGUUUUAUACUUUAUGCAAACAUAAUUAAAUCUAUCUCGCGUGGUCUCUAUACUGUGUGUACGACUUCGUCCCUGAUUUUGUUCCGUUUCCUCAGCAAAUGGUAUGGCUGUUGAGCUAGCAAAUGGUAUGGCUGUUGAGCUUAUCAUCAUGGUGGUUUUACACCACAACGUUUCGCCUUUACCAUGUCCAUCCUCAAGGAAACUUCGAGAAGUUUUCCAUUUUUUGCUGGAGAUGAGGGAGAAUGUAGCGGUUACGCUUUAAUUACAUUAAUUUGAUUAAAAUCGUAGUGAUAAUACCCCUCAAGAAAUCCCUUGUGAGACGCUCGCGAUCGAUUUAAGAACGAUAUCUCUCUGCUCACGCGCGAAAGCUUUCUCCUCGCUCGGUUGCGAAUGUAGGCAACUGGGCGAUUCCCAUAGGCGUCUCCAAAAUGAAAUUCGUAAAGGGGCAGUAAAUGUAAUUAAUUUAAAGGAUCAGUAGCGUGACCGCUACAUUCUACUAUCCUCUCCCAUUCUUAUCACAUGUCCGGCCCAUUUCAACCUUUGUAUUCUAAUGAAGUCUGACAGGGGUAUUUCCUUAUAAAGUUGAUAAAGCUAUUUGUAUCAAUUCUGAAGAUUCCGUUUUCCUUCACAAUUCCUAGUAUUCUCCUCAGUACUUUCCUUUCGAACGUGUUGAGUUCGUUUUUGGAUGUUUCUUUCAGGGCGCAUGCUUCACUGCUAUAGCAUGCUAUUGGUCGAAUUAAGGUUUUAUAGAUUCUCAUGUUUGUAUUACGGUGGACACUUUUAGACCGAAAUAUAUGGUAGAGGGCAAAAUAAGCUCUGUUUGCCUGCGUUAUUCUCUUCUAGGUCUGGAUCCCGCGUAUGAAAAAAAAGUUAAUUAAUAGCAAGCUGAAAAUUUGUUAAUAGCUUAAGGGUGUCUAGUCGGAUAAACUUUGAUAUAUGGGAACACUGGAACAGGGGCAGUUUUAAUUGUGGAAGAGGUUAAAAAUUUGGAACGGUCACACCACGAAAACGGCACAUUUAUUUUGUCCGACAGAACAGACUUAAACUCUUCGAAUAGAGAUUAAACUCUCAUGCAAAAAAGAGACUGCUAUUUAUCACCAAAUGGGCGUUUUAAUGAGUGGAACAUGUAGAAUAUGUCAAAUGACAGAAAUUAUGACAGGUGAUAAAUAGCAGUCUGAUUUUUGCAUGAGAGUUAAAUCUCUGUUCGGAGAGUUUAAGUCUGUUCUGUCGGACAAAAUAAAUGUGCCGUUUUCGUGGUGUGACCGUUCCAAAUUUUUAACCUGUUCCACAAUUAAAACUGCCCCUGUUCCAGUGUUCCCAUAUAUCAAAGUUUAUCCGACUAGACACCCUUAAGCUAUUAACAAAUUUUCAGCUUGCUAUUAAUCAACUUUUUUUCAUACGCGGAAUCCAGACCUAUUCCGUAUUUCUCCAUCUUCUGAUCCGUCGGCAUAUAUUUCUACUUCCAGGUAUGUAAACUUUCCAAUGUAAUCUUCAUGUAUAAUGUUUUGUGGGACUAUAUUUCUUCUCGUCUGUAUCAUUAUUUUGUUUUUUUUUCUGUGCUAAUUUCCAGACCUAGCCUUUUCGUUUGAUUUUUAACUCUGUGUAUGUUUCCUGUGCUCCUGUCCAGUGCCAGGUUAAACAAUGAUCUUACUAGAUCUUACUGCUUUAGUCCCUGCGAGAUUUUGAAAAAGUCUGUCCGCUGGUUUUGUAUUCGUACACAUUCCGGAGUUUCAUCCAUUGUCGCUUUAAUGAGUCUAAUAUAUAGUAUAGUAUGUUCCUUUUGACUGAGUCGUACGCCUGUUUGAAGUCUACAAACACGUUGUGAACAUCCAUGUCGUGUUUCCAUGAUUUGCUCAAGAUCUGCUUGACUGUAAAUAUUUGAUCCAUUGUCGAUCUUCUCCGUCUGAUACUCUUCAAUAAUAUUUUCUGCUAGUGGUUGGAGCCGCUGGUUUUUAAUAUACGUGACAACUUUAUAUGCUGUACAUAGUACAGAAAUUCCAUGGUAGUUUUUGCACUGGAGUUUUCUCCAUUUUUAUAGAUCGGGCAUACUAUACUUUUCUUCCAUUCGUCAGGUAUUUUCUCUUCUUGUCAUAUGUUUUUGAUGAGCGCGUGGAUAUGACUUGCUAGGUGGUCGCCACCUACCUUAUACAGUUCUGCCGGAAUUUCGUCAACUUCCGGGGCUUUAUUGUUUUUCUGGGACUUAAUAACUUCGAGAACUUCCUCUAUUGGUGCUUCUACUUCAUUAUUCUUCUACGUGGUUCAUACCCAUUUCAUCUUCCAUAUCUACUUGUGUUCCAAGUAGGGUCUGAAAAUAACGCUUCCAGGUUUCUGUGACUUUCUGUUGGUCACUGAUUAUUUGCCCACUUUCAUCUUUGCAUAGACUUGUUUGAGGUUUAUAUCCACUUUUUAUCUUUUUUAGGUAUUCGUAAGCCCCUCUAAUUUCGUUGUUUUUGAAAUUUCCUUCCAUUUUUUCUAUUUGUCCAUUUUCAUAAGCUCUUGUUUUAUUUCUACAUAUCUUGUCUGCUUUCCGUCUGGCGACUUCAAAUGAUGUUUGUCUUUCCGGUGUUCUUCCUGUUAUGUCCAUUUUAUGUGCUUCAUUUCUUUCCCCUGUAGUUUUAGUGUCCGCAGUAGUCAUAUCAUCGUCAGCAUAUCUGGACACCACUUACAUUUAUUCUAGUUCUUUUCAGCGUGCCGUGGCAUAUUGAUCUAUUGGUACUCAUCAACGUUAUUUGGACUUCUUCUAUCUUCUUUCUGAACAAUGUUACGCAGGAUCGAUACAAUUGCCGUAAGUUUAUAAGCCAAGGAGUUCUGCGACGGUCUAGACCCCUUCUACGAUAAUAUUUGAAGCACUAUGUUUUAGAAAAGGCAUCUGUAAGCGUCCAUGCUUCGAAUCUAUACAUUAGUUUCAUGAAGACAUAACAUCUUCUAACUUCACAGAUGUAUUUAGAAACAAUGCACUCUACCUACUUCACGUUUUUUUUAACCUCACAGUUUUCCGCCUCUUCUUCGUCCUUCCAUUCCCUACUUUCUGAUCUUUGUUCUCAGAUUCAAUUGCAUUUAGCAUUUGUAUUAUUAUCGAUUGCUUUUGGUAAUCAACGCAUUGUACAUUCAUCGUAGUUGUCAUACCAGUAGGUUACAUUGAAGUAAGAGCCGGAUUGCAAAAACAUUUUUUUACGUUUCAUUUAGUACUAAUAAAAGUAUUUACCAGGCACUCUAAUAUAAAAUUUCGUGCAGCAUAACUCAAAAUAUAUUUUACUUAAAAAAAUAGUUGUAGUAAGUCUCGACAUUCUCAAUUUUGACUAUAUAUGCAUAUUAUUUUGUAAGAAUAAAAUAAUCAAUGCACUAAUAUUUAUUUUUUAUCGAAUACUUUAAAAUAAAUGUGUUAAUUUUUAUUAAA